AUGACUGAUACACUGACACUGAAGAUACUCAUGAUUGGUGAGAGUGGAGUGGGUAAGACUUCAAUUGUGAAGAGGUAUUGUGAGGGUGUAUUUGAAGACUCGAUGAUGUCGACUGUUGGCAUAGAUUUUGAAUUCAAGGAAACCACUGUUGGAGGCAAGAAAAUCAAAUUACAAAUAUCAGGACAGGAGAGGUUUCAUAAUGUGACGUCGAGUUACUUCAGAGGUACACAUGGCUGUGUAAUUGUAUAUGAUGUAAAUAAAGUCGAAACGUACGACAGGUUGUCGUAUUGGGUGGAGGAGUAUUUGGACGAGCAACCAAACAGUGAAAUAGUGAUUGUUGGCAACAAAGCAGACAAUGGCAAACAAGUUUCCAAAGAUGUCACACAAGACUUUGCAUAUGGUAAAAAGGUGAAGCGGUUUUAUACGAGUGCGAAGACAGGGAUGAACAUCGAUGAAGUGUUCGAUGAGCUUGCUGAAGCGAUAUCUUCAAAUGAGAAGAUCAUGUCUUCACUGCAUGAGACCAACAAAAUAACAACACUGGCUCCCAUAGAAGAGAGCAAGUCAUGUUGUUGA